UGCUUUUCUGCGCCGGAGGGGCUGCGGCUGUUUAUUCCAAGAUGGGCAAGAAGCCCAAAGUGGGGAAGACCCGAAGGGACAAGUUCUAUCACUUGGCCAAGGAGACUGGAUUCCGUUCCCGUUCGUCUUUCAAGCUCAUUCAGUUGAACCGCAAAUUCCAGUUCCUUCCAAAGUCUCGGGCGCUGCUGGAUCUGUGCGCUGCUCCUGGAGGAUGGUUGCAGGUGGCUUCGAAGUUUAUGCCUGUGUCCAGUCUUAUAAUUGGGGUUGACCUGGUUCCCAUAAAGCCCAUUCCCAAUGUGGUAACAAUGCAGGAAGACAUCACCACGGAGAAGUGUCGCCAGGCCCUACGCAAGGAGCUGAAGACGUGGAAAGUGGAUGUUGUGCUGAACGAUGGGGCUCCCAACAUGGGAGCCAGCUGGGUACAUGAUGCGUUUUCCCAAGCGAACCUCACGCUGUCGGCGCUGAAGCUGGCCUGCGACUUCUUGUCCAAGGGCGGUUGGUUCAUCAGCAAAGUCUUCCGUUCCCGGGACUACCAGCCCCUCCUGUGGAUCUUUCAGCAGCUGUUCCGCAAGGUCCAAGCCACCAAGCCCCAGGCCUCGCGUAACGAGUCUGCCGAGAUCUUUGUGGUCUGCCAGGGCUAUUUGGCCCCAGAUAAAAUCGACAACAAGUUCUUCGACCCCAAGUUUGCCUUCAAGGAAGUGGAGGUGCAGGCCAAAUCAGUCACUGAGCUGGUGUCCCAGAAGAAGCCCAAGGCAGAGGGAUAUGAAGAUGGCACCACAAUUCUUUAUAACCGCUGCACACUGACGGACUUCCUGAAGGCUCCCAACCCUGUGGACUUCCUGGCAAAGGCCAGUGAGAUUGUCUUUGACAGUGAAGAGCUGGAACGCCACAGCGCUACCACCGAGGAAGUGCGUCACUGUUGUCGGGACAUCCGUGUUCUGGGCCGUAAGGAGCUCAGGGGCCUGCUGAACUGGAGGACGAGGCUGAGGCGCUUCCUUGUCAAGAAGCUGAAAGAGCAAGCCAAGGAAAUAGAUAUCAACUUGAGCUCUGGCGAGGAGGGCGAAGGGGAGGACGAACCGCAGCCUGAGCGGGCGAGUCCAGAGACCCCGAGCAGAGAGGAGCCAGACGAGAAAGAAGAGGAGGAGGAGCUGGAGCUCAAACUGGCAGAACUCAAGGCCCAAGAGAUGGCCGAACUGAAGAGGAAGAAACGCAAGAUCCUACGUGAGCGACGGCGGCAGCGAGAGCGCGUUGAGCUCAAGAUGGAUCUUCCCGGUGUUUCUGUCGCCGAUGACUGUGACACCAGCAUGUUCUCCCUCCGGGCCAUCAGCAAAAGUCAGUUGCUGAAUGAGGUGUUCCAGGGAGACAUGGCGGCAGCAGAUACCUUUGUGGCGACAGCAGCAAGUGCAGAUGACGACCUCUCGCUUUCGGAAGGGGGAGACUCCGACGAUGACAUGUCUCUGGCCAGCGAGCUGGACGAGGAGGAGAUGGCGGAGGUUGAGGAGCGGUCAAGGCAGAUGAAGCGGGCCGAGGCCCCACAGCGGAGGGUUGCCAGGGAAGAGGAAGAGGAAGAGGAGAGCGCCGAGGCAGAGAACCCACUUUUGGUGGAGCUGGAGAGCAAGGAGGAGCGGCAGGAACAUCAAGCGAGUCUGUGGUUUGGCAAGGAAGCUUUUGCUGGGAUUGACGACGAUGCUGACGAGGCACUAGAGAUUGGGCAGGCGCAAGUCCUGUCCCAGAACCAGGCAGAACCUCCCCCAGCCUCCAAAAAUACAAAGAGGAAAAAGAUGCAGCCCCGAUCUGGUGCUGCGCUAGAGACAACACUCGAGGUAGGCCCAAAGCCUGAAGGUCCUAGAGGUACAGCUGAGGGGAAGAGUUCUGACACGGGGGAGAGCGACAGCAGCGACAGCGAUGACGAAAGGGAGCUGCCAGCCUCGCGCACCGGAUCAAAACGGCUCCGGUCAGAGGAAGAGCCAAGAGGCAUUGAGGUGGUCCCCAUUGACGAUCCAGUGAAGCGAGCUAGGAUUCUGGACCCCGAGGGCCUGGCACUGGGAUCCGUCAUUGCCGCCUCCAAAAAGGCCAAGAGGGAUUUGAUUGAUGACUCUUUCAACAGAUACACCUUCAACGAGGAAGAAGGCGAGCUCCCUGAGUGGUUUGUUCAGGAAGAGCACCAGCACCGGCGCAAACCGCUGCCCUUGGAUCGGCAGACGGUGGAAGAGUACCGCCAGCGCUGGCGCGAGAUCAAUGCCCGGCCCAUCAAGAAAGUGGCAGAGGCCAAGGCCCGCAAGAAGCGGCGGAUGCUGAAGAAACUGGAGCAGAUGAAGAAGAAAGCAGAGUCGGUGGUGAACACCGUGGACAUCUCUGAGCGCGAGAAAGCUGCUCAGCUGCGCAGCAUUUACAAGAAGGCAGGCAUAGGCAAGGAGAAACGGCAGGUGACCUACCUUGUGGCCAAAAAGGGCGCUGGGCGGAAGGUCAGGCGCCCUGCUGGAGUCAAGGGCCACUUCAAAGUGGUGGACAGCCGCCUCAAGAAAGACAUGCGAGCCCAGAAACGCAAGGAGCAGAAGCCAAAACACCGGCAGCGGAAGAAGUAAACCAUUUUGUCCUGCCGCUUCGUGGUUGCUAAGCGAGCAGAUCUCUUGCCACCCUUGAACAUGUCAGAAUCUCGUAACUGCGCCCCAGGAGUCUCCAAGCAGCAGCUGACCAGGUUUGUUGAAAUGUCACAUGGAAUUUCAGAAUUCCUGGCGCUUGGUUUGGUGGCGUGAGCUGUAUGUGCAUUGGGACAACGUUGCCUGGGCUUAUUUUCAUGCUAUCCUGGCCCACUUGCAACUCACCAGGCAUGUCCAUGGAGAGGACUCUUCAUGAGUUACCUCCCUUCAAGGUGUCUGCCCUUGGUUAUUAAACAUUGUUUUCUCAUGAA